GAAAACCGUGGCACGUGCUGCGGGGCUUCCAGCGUACGGUACAGCGUAUGCGUACGUAAAAUAGAUUACGUGCAACCACGGCCAAGGCACGAGACCACCCGCCCGAAAAGGGGAACCAAGAAACUACUUUUCGCCUCUCGCAACGGUGAGGGCUUCAAUUGCUGCCAGUUCUUUGUUAUCGUGUUUUCAGGCCCUCACCUAUCUUACUCUGCGUUUGUGGCUCCAUUUUUCUUCAUAAAGCACGCAGUCAGGGAAUCUGUCUGUUUUAUAUGACUCGUGAGCGGCGUCGAACAGCCCAAUCCACCGACACUUGGUAACUGGAUUCUCUCCUCCGGAUCCCGUUGUCUUGUCGUCCACCUUCCAUUAGGCAGCCUCAUAACCCCCCUUUCCCAUGAUGGGCGCCCCAUGCGAGAUCACGCCUCUUAGAUACAUUCCGUUAUCGUACAACCAUGCCGAUUCGCAAACCUCAGCGCUGAGGCUGGUCCUGACCCUGAAUCCUCACUGGGAGGGACCCGAUAACAAGAUCGAAUUCGUUCGAUUCACCGAUGGUAUCACCAAUACUCUUCUCAAAAUCGUUAACCGCAAACUUGGCUGGACGGACGAACAAAUAGAUAACGAGGCAGUGCUCAUGAGAGCCUACGGUAACCACACCGAGAUCCUUAUAGAUCGUGAAAGAGAAACGAGAUCCCAUGCGCUUCUUGCAAGUCGAGGCCUUGCACCCCCGCUCCUUGCGCGCUUCCAGAAUGGCUUGCUUUACAAGUUUAUCCGUGGUUCAGUCACAACUCCUUCGGAUUUGGUGACGGCUCCCAUAUGGCGUGGAGUUGCGCGGAGGCUAGGAGAAUGGCACGCGGUUCUCCCCAUUGGUGCGGCGGUUGAAUCGAUGCCUACAAAGGGCACGACCAUCGCCUGUCAGAUCGAUAUUGAUACGGAGAACAAAGCCAAGCCUACGGAUGACCUCUCUCCGGUAAAGCCAAGACGGUCUGGACCUAACCUGUGGACUGUUAUCCAGAAAUGGAUCCUUGCUCUACCCGUGGCUACGGAGGACCAGCGUACUAGAAGGUUGAACCUACAGAAGGAACUAGAAUGGGUUGUGCGUGAGCUGGAUGACGGCCAAGGCGUUGGUGAGGAAGGCCUGGUCUUUGCCCACUGUGACCUUUUGAGCGGCAACGUGAUCGUUGCGCCAGAGUCUGAUGCGUCCUCCACGCCUGGGGAUGAAGCCAAGGUUGUGAAUUUCAUCGAUUAUGAGUAUGCAACGCCGGCGCCAGCGGCAUUUGACAUUGCCAAUCACUUUGCCGAAUGGGGCGGCUUCGACUGCGACUACAAUAUGCUGCCUACACGCGCGGUUCGACGAGCAUUCUUGUCCGAGUAUGUUAGCAGUUACAGCAAACAUGAUAAACUCCCCGAAAAUUCUUCUCAGGCUGUUGUGGAUAAACUCUUCGAGGACGUUGACCGUUUUCGCGGAAUACCGGGCUUUUACUGGGGUGUCUGGGCUCUCAUCCAAGCUCAGAUCUCGCAGAUCGAUUUCGACUAUGCCUCGUACGCCGAAAUUCGCCUUGGCGAGUACUUCGCUUGGCGACGCGAAAUUGAUGGCAGCCGGUCGCGAUCUGGCGAUAUGAUGCCGUUGCGGGAGCGACGAUGGGCGCAGGAAGCUUGAAGCCAGCUCCCUAUACGCAGUUAAAAUCAACGCGUGUAUGUUGAAACGACGACCUUGUCCACGCCUGGAGUCUGUUUGAUCAUCCGCUAGUAGCAGGGCUAUUACCAUACUCACGCACUAAUUGCCUUGGACUCCUCUGUGAGGGUUUCAACAUAUUAUCCCUCGAGCCCGUUACCAUGAUCUGCAAGGGAAAGAAAGACUUCUAGAAACCAGGUCUGGGGAAUAGGGAUAUUUGGCGGCUUGACAUUCAUUUUAUAGAUAUUUGUCUUCAACGACUUGAGUUGGGAGUUCCUGGAUAUGUCGAUGUAAGUCUAUUUAAUACUGUUGGGCUUUUAUUUUCUUUUUUCAUUUGUCUUUCCUGUUAUGUUUCUCUACAGCGACAAAGUAGGUCAUAGAAUCAGGGCAAUCCCAACCUCACGGAAAACUUUUUCCCCUCCUGCAA